AAAAUAAUAUUAGCAGAGAGAGUGUGAUAGCUCAGUGUGUGUGUGAGAGAGAGAGAAAGAAGACACAGAAAGAGGGUCUCUUUCUUUUUGGGAGUAUUGGGGUCAGCCUCUUUUAGCAAUGCCAAAGUUGCUCUUAACAACAGAACCCUUCACGCUCUCUGAAAAAUGCAGACAUGAAAAAACCACUCCUUCAAAUCUCCCCUGUCUUCCUCUUUCUCUUUCAAAGUAUUUCCUUUUCUUCUUCUUCAGACACUCUUUUUAGAUUCCCUAACAUUGCAACCAGCACUGGGUUCUGUUCCCAUGGGGUUGAUUGAUCUCAACACCACAGAGGAAGAUGAAGCACAAACACCAUCAUCCGCUUCCACGGGCUCUGCUUCAUCACCUUCUCACUCUGGUAUAAGCACUUCAGCUUCAGCUUUGGCUCCACCUUCUUCUUCUUCUGUGUGCUUGGAGCUAUGGCACGCUUGUGCUGGCCCUAUGAUCUCUCUCCCAAAGAAAGGAAGCGUGGUUGUGUACUUACCACAAGGCCACUUUGAACAGGCUCAGGAUUUUCCCGUCACUGCCUAUAACAUCCCACCUCAUGUCUGCUGUCGUGUUCUUGAUGUCAAGCUCCAUGCAGAGGAAGGCAGUGAUGAAGUCUAUUGCCAGGUCUUGUUGGUUCCUGAAAGUGAGCAAGUGGAGAAAAACUUGCGGCAUGGGGUAGUUGAUGCUGAUGGUGAAGAAGAUGAUACUGAAGCUGUGGUGAAGUCAACAACACCCCAUAUGUUUUGCAAGACUCUUACUGCUUCUGACACUAGCACUCAUGGUGGAUUUUCUGUGCCUCGUCGAGCAGCUGAAGAUUGCUUUCCUCCUCUGGAUUACAGUCAACAGAGGCCUUCACAAGAGCUUGUGGCGAAGGAUUUGCAUGGCCUUGAAUGGAGGUUUAGACAUAUAUACAGAGGGCAGCCACGGAGACAUUUGCUCACAACUGGAUGGAGUGCAUUUGUGAACAAGAAGAAGCUUGUGUCUGGAGAUGCUGUGUUAUUCCUUAGGGGUGACGAUGGAGAAUUAAGACUAGGGAUUCGUAGGGCUGCUCAGUUGAAGAAUGGUGGUAUCUUUGCCACUCCUUCUAUUCAGCAACUGAAUCCUGGCUCAGUCAUGAAUAUUAUUAAUGCUUUGUCUUCGAGAAGUGCCUUUAGUGUUUGCUAUAAUCCAAGGGUGAGCUCCUCGGAAUUCAUCAUACCGCCCCACAAAUUUUUAAAGAGCCUUGAUUUUUGUUAUUCAGUUGGAAUGAGGUUCCAGAUGCGCUUCGAAACUGAAGAUGCUGCAGAGCGCAGAUUCACUGGAUUAAUUGCUGGCAUUGGUGAUGCGGAUCCAGUUAGAUGGCCAGGUUCAAAAUGGAGAUGCCUUCUGGUAAGGUGGGAUGAUGUUGAAGCAGGUAGGCAUAACAGGGUUUCCCCAUGGGAGAUUGAGCCAUCUGGGCCUGCUCCUACUUCCAAUAACUUGAUGGCAGCCGGUUUGAAGAGGAGCCGAAUUGGAUCUUCAGGGAAACUAGAAUUUCCACUUCCCAAUGGGAUUGGAACAUCAGACUUUGGGGAAUCAUUGAGGUUCCGGAAGGUCUUGCAAGGUCAAGAAAUUUUGGGUGUUAAUACCCCUUAUGAUGGUAUUAAUUCUCAGAGUCCAAGGUUAUCCGAGUUAGGGAGGUGUUAUCCUGGUUCUAUUGGUUCUGGGACAUCGGUUGUAGGAAGUAAUAUCAGAAUCCCUCAAGCCGGCUCUGAUUUUUCCUACAACAAUGGCACAGGCUUUGGGGAAUCAUUCCGGUUCCAAAAGGUCUUGCAAGGUCAAGAAAUAUUUCCAAGCCAACCAUAUGGAAGGGCCUUGUCUUUUGAUGAGGCUCGCACAAAUGGUCGCUUUGGACUUUUUGAUGGUUAUCAUCUGGUUAGCCCCAGAAAUGGAUGGUCAACCCAGGUGCAUGACAAUCCAUCACAUCUGCAUGCAUCUGUAGCAUCAAUGCAAGUGUCGUCUCCUUCAUCUGUGUUAAUGUUCCAGCAAGUGGUUAAUCCUCUUUCAAACUCUGAUUAUGAUAAAAAGAGUAACCAGGAGAUAGAGGGUACAGUCCAUUACCGGCGUCCCUAUGCAACUGAAGUGAAAGGUGGAACAUUUGCAUCGUUCCCAACUGAUGAGCCUAUUUUCUCUGGAAGAGCUAAGGAAGAUAUGAACUCCCUUGGCAUGUUUAACUUCCAUAAUCAGUUGGGCACUUCAAAGUCUGUUGAAUCAGCAUUGACAAUGAGAGAAAGUCAAGAGUUGGCAUCUUCGUGUAAAAGUAGCUGCAGACUCUUCGGAUUCUCUUUAACCGAGGACCCUCACAUUGCAAACAAGGAGGCUGACCGACCUUUGAUCACUCGGCAAUUGAGUUCAGUCCCUACAUUUACUCAACACGCCGAAGAUAGUUUUCCUCCCGGCCAUUCUCUCAGGACUAAAGCUGUUGAGAGUAACUUCACCAAAGGUGUGUUGCAGUGUUGAGCUGAGAAUCCUGAUGUGUACUAGAAAGUAGUAUUAUGACACUGACUUCAGGUAGCUGAAGAAAGUGUCUAGUUCCAGUUGUUUGGUGAUUUGUUAUGAUAACUCUGGAUUUGUUUGAAGGAAAACUUUGGAUGAUUUGUUCUUAAAUUGGCUUAUGACCAAUUAACUGCUUCUGUAACAAAUCUUUUUAUGCAUGCUCACUGACAUAUUGGAGAUGCAACUAUGUAAGACACUUUUAUGGCAAACCUUAUGCAUUUUUAUUCAUGUUCUUAACAAAAUAAACUAGAUAUUUUGGUA